UGAGGACAGGCUGCAGUGGUGCUCUGCCUGCCAGAUUCACUCUACCUUCUUGUGACCUCUCCACUCCUCCAUUUGACCUUACAUUCCUGAGACCUGUUCGGGCAGUGGCUUGGACUACAUCUCCCGGCGUGCCUGGCAGAGUGGUGGCCUCUCUACGCCCUCUGCACUAGUUGCCAGCGGACGAUGCAGCGGGCUAGGAGCAUGGUGGCCCCUUUGGGCUUUYGCCUGCAGGCGCUUCCCUCGGCCCCAGGUCGCCCUCUCAGUUGCUCGCAGGAUGUGCUCCGCAGAACUCCGCUCCAUGACUUCCACCUGGCCCAUGGCGGGAAAAUGGUGGCAUUUGCGGGUUGGAGUCUGCCUAUACAGUACCAGGAAAGUCACAUUGAAUCGCACCUUCAUACACGACGACAUUGCUCGCUCUUUGAUGUCUCUCACAUGCUGCAGACCAAGAUAUUUGGUUGUGACCGGGUGAAGCUGAUGGAGAGUUUAGUGGUUGGAGACAUUGCAGAGCUAAGGCCAAAUAAGGGGACACUGUCGCUGUUUACCAACGAGGCUGGAGGCAUCUUAGAUGACUUGAUUGUGACCAAUACUUCUGAAGGACACCUAUAUGUGGUGUCCAAUGCUGGCUGCUGGGACAAGGACUUGGCCCUCAUGCAGGACAAGGUCAGGGAACUUAAGAACAGGGGCAAUGAUGUGGGCCUGGAGAUUGUGGAUAAUGCUCUGCUAGCCCUGCAAGGCCCUACUGCAGCCCAAGUUCUUCAGGCUGGUGUGGCAGAUGACCUGAGGAAAUUACCCUUCAUGACCAGUGCUGUGAUGAAGGUGUUUGGUGUGUCUGGCUGUCGAGUGACUCGUUGUGGCUACACAGGAGAAGAUGGUGUAGAGAUCUCAGUGCCAGCCCCUGGGGCAGUCCACCUGGCAACAGCUCUGCUGGAAAACCCAGAGGUGAAGCUGGCAGGGCUGGCUGCCCGGGACAGCCUGCGCCUGGAAGCAGGCCUCUGCCUGUAUGGGAAUGAUAUUGAUGAACAUAUCACACCUGUUGAGGGCAGCCUUGGUUGGACAUUGGGGAAGCGUCGCCGAGCUGCUAUGGAUUUCCCAGGAGCUAAGGUUAUUGUUCCCCAGCUGAAAGGUGAGGUGCAGCGGAAGCGUGUGGGAUUGAUGUGUGAGGGGGCUCCAAUGCGGGCACACAACCCCAUCCUGAGCACAGAAGGCAUCAUGAUUGGUACUGUGACCAGUGGCUGCCCUUCACCCUGCUUGAAGAAGAAUGUGGCAAUGGGUUAUGUGCCCUUCAAGUACAGUCAGCCAGGAACACAGCUGCUUGUAGAGGUGCGGCGGAAGCAGCAGAUGGCUGUGGUCAGCAAGAUGCCCUUUGUACCCACGAACUACUACACUCUGAAAUGAAAAAGGCCCAAGGAAGGGCGCUCCUCUCUGGGAGUCUACCUCUAGGGAACAUUCAUUAGGGCUCAGUCAGGAUAAUGAAGAAGAACUCACCAGGAGUGGGCAGCUAAUUAGAAUUUGGCUCUAGUCUGAGGAGGCCACUGAGACUACCCCUAAACCCCAAUACAUGCCACUGAUUUCAGCUCACCCUAUGUCCUAUUUCAGUUCAUAACCCCAGUAACUCCACUCUGCCAUAAGUGCUGGCUAUAAAGCAAAAGCUCAACUUUGUAGGGAGAAUACCUGCCCAAUCUACCUCACCAGUUUCUCACAUUUCAGAGGGCUAUUACUAUGGACAGUGUGAGCUUAGCAUACCUCCUUCACUUUGCUUUCCAUGAAUGCAAACUGCUGCCUCUCCCUGUACAGGAAUGAUUCUUGAGUCAUAGAACAUUGGCUUAGUUAUUCCUAUGUGUAAACCUGGGGGUGGGUGAGUAGACAUGGACUCACUCUUCCACAUUCCCUAUUUGGCUUGGCCCGCUGCCCAGUAGCAAACCAUGGCAAAUUUACCACCUGAGGUGACCUUCACCCCUGGGACCCAUAACUAGACUUUACUGAUUCCUGAAAAAAAAUUAAAUGAGCUUAUUCCUUCCAACUUGC